AUGCCAUCAACUAGAGUGCCCUUCGAGCCCGACAGCCUACAUGACCGGAACACCACCCUCUGUCUUGCUUGCGCCUGCUCCUUGCCUCCCCUGAAGGCUGGAUCAACCGACAGCAAGCUACACAUCACCGAGUGCUGCCAGAGUCCCAUCUGCCCGUCAUGUAUCUCCAAGAAUCCACGAUUAGCACGGUAUAAUCCGUGUCUGUCCUGUCUCGGAGGAGUUGGUGUGGUUGCAUCUGGAUCAGGAUCUGGUGCGGCAGCCUCAAUGAAGACGUUGAUGUCACCGAGGACGAACAUACAUGGUGCAGUGAGACAUGAAGACACGUUUGUUCUCGGCGACGACGACGACGAUGAAGACGAAGACGAGGGCAAUGAGGAGAAAGGCGAGUAUCCAAUGGGUGCCGAGCAUUCAGAGGCGAACGCGUCACCUCCGGCAUACAAAGAGGCACCAGCAGUCGCUAAUUCCGGGGUCGAGGUCCAGCCUAGGGCCGCUGUAUCAGCAGAAGAACAUCCACCUCCAAGUGGCAAUGUAGAGGGAACUAAGACAACGCCUUAUAAAUAUUAUCUCAGUCCUGCCGACACAUUGCAGGGCAUCUCUCUCAGGUUUGGAGUGGAUGGCCACGAGAUAUGCAGGAUGAACAACCUACCUCCAAGCGUCAUCCGGACAACCCCACAUCUGCUUCACACGCGAGCCUUCAUCCUCCUCCCUCCCACCGCAAAGCCCCAUCCAUCUCUAAUGCUGAAUGAGGCAGACCAGACCGAGCGCGAGGAGAAGCUAACUGGCGAGUGGCCAAGGCGUACGUAG